AUGUUUAUUGAAAAUCAAUUUAUUAGAGCAUUUAACGAGGCAUGUAAAUCAGAUAAUCCAUCAUGUCCUGAUUCACUUCAAUGUAUUAAUGGACAUUGUUUAUGUUCAAACAUUGGUAAAACAACUGAUGAAAAAAAUCCUCUUUCUUUUUGGACUGGUGAAGAAUGUAUGAUAUGUCCACUUCAUUAUACGACUUCAGGUAAAAAAUUUUAUUUUUUUUUUAAACUAAUUUUUUUCUAUAUUGAUAAACAGGUAGAAAGUGGAAGUAAUCAAUUAGCAUGGGAGCCUGCACGUGAACGUUGUCAAAAAGAUGGUGGUGAUCUUUUUGUUAUUCGUAGAAAUGAAGAGUUUCAAUCGAUUAUUUCUUUUAUUCGAUCAAAUAUUAAAGAGAAUGAAAUGUUUGAAAAAACUCCACGUAAUGCUACAAAUUUUGCUAGUAUAUGGAUAGGAGCAAAACUAGCUGAUUGGUCUGGUGAAGGAAAAUAUGAUUUAGUUUCUCAUGGACCAUCUAUAACAAAACGAAAUUCAUAUUGGUGUAAACAAGACUCACCUCUUGAACAAGAACCAAAUUAUAUAAAAUUAAAAACAAGUGAAGAACGUCAAUCAUGUGUUGGUUUAGCUCUUUUUAAAAGUUCAUUAGUUUGUAUGCAUGAUUGGUUUUGUAGUUGGAAAACGUAUUCUCUUUGUGAAAUUCGUAAGGAAGCAUUUCUUAGAGUUUUAUUAAAAUGA